AUGAAUUUGAAGCAAGAGUCAUUAAAGGAGUAUGAAGAUGACAGCGAUGUCGGUGGUGGCGGUGGUGGUGAUUUCCAUCGUGUUUCAGCUUCUUCUCAGUUUAAAGACUCACGUGGACCUGCUUCAACAAGUCAUGAUUUACCCACUAGAAAGAUUAUACUAGAUAAUGAAGAGAAGCCCUUGACAGAAUCAAGUUUAAGUGACUUAUUUUCGAAAGUAGAAAGCAAACAAAUGCCAACGACUAUUGCUGAUCACAAAGUUGAAGAAAAGAAGAAGAAAUCAAUACCUGCACCACCACCAAUGCCACUACAAGGACUGAUUCGAGAACAACCAAAAUCUCCCAUCGAAUUGCUACUAAAGAAACGUCGCCAAAACAUGCAAGCUUCGACAUUAUUACAACAGCAACGGGCAGUACAAAAAUCGACAUCUGAAGCAAUGGAUCUUCCCUUCUGUCAUAUCGGUAGCCGCGCACCUAACAGUAAAAUAUAA